AUGAAUCCAAAUCAAGAACCAAUCGAUGAACACAAUGCAGAACAAGAAGAAGAUCGAAGAGUUCGACUUGCUUAUGGAAUGCCAACGAAUACGUAUCUAGUUGAAGAGAGCAAAACCCCAGCUGGAAAAGUGACAACAGUUUUCGAAAAACGGCAUAAACCGAUUCCCCAUAUAAUAACUCCUGCUCCGGGAGCAACAUCUAUAAAUGGUUUAUAUGAAAGUCGAACGAAAACAGUGAAAAAAGAAGAAGCAAUGAUAUGUCAAAUACAUAUAACAGCUGAUAAAUGGGGAAGAGGAAAAGAGUUAAUAUCACUCAUAAAUGAUACAGAUGUACCUCCGACGUUGGGAAGUUCAGAAGAAAAAGCGAAAUAUGCAAUGGAAUUAGUGCAGCAACAUGUCGAGAAAAUGACUGAACAGAAAGUGUUUUUACAUGGAUUUCUGGAAGAAAGAACACGAAUUUUAUGUGGAUCAGAGAGUCUCGAAUCAGAAGUUUUCAGUGAAGUUCGAUUGGAAUUGAAACUUGAGAUGACUGAACCAGUUCAUCUGCUAAUGAGCGUUUUCUCUGUAAAAGUAGAACCACAAAUAGUGGAACAAUCAAAGACAGGACUACCUGCUAGGGUUUCAGAACUCACAUCGAUUCCAAAUAAAGAAACUCCGAAAGCUGAAGUUCCACCAACUCCAAGAUCAUUUAAAAAAGGGAAAUCUGCGGCAACUAACAGUUUAGAAGAAAAGCAACAAGGAUCAAGUUCUCGUCCAAGUAAAAUAACAAUUGCAAGUGCGGAUAAAAGAGAAAGAAGAGAUUCAUCGAAACGGAGGGGUUCAAAGAAAUCAAGUGAUUUAUCACAGUUGGUUCCACUUCUACAACAGGUUCAAUCCAUACAAGGAGUUGAAAAAGCGCCCAAAGAAAGGCAGAGAACACCAAAGGAAUCCCCGAUUCCAGCUACACCAGAAAAACCUUCUUCCGGGCAAAUGCCUCCUGUUGUCAAAAAGAAAAAGAAAGAAUCGACUUCUGGACAAGCGUCCAAUUCUCUUCCGAGCUGA